AUGCGCGUCAAGAUGUCGAUUAACGAGCUUCCGUUCAAAAUACCACAAAUAACAAGCGACGAAUUACUAGAUUUCCAGCAGAGGCAUUUUUCAAGCGAUGCCACCGCUGAUUUUGGUCAAAAUUUCACAAAUCUUCCACCACAAGGGUCCUCCGAGGCUCAAUCAUACGAAGAACGGGAGGGAGAGGAGGAGGACGAUGGUCUUGGCUACUACGAAGACGGUGUGAAAAGAACCCUUACAGAUGAGCAGAUUGCAAUAUUUCGACACUCGGAGCUUAGAGAGCUCCGCAAGCAACAAGAAAAGCAAUCGCAACCUAAAUUAGAGCUGCCACGAGAUGCUUCCGCAAAUGAAACAGACGUCGCCUCUCCGCAUGGAUCAGGUGCACCUGCCGGUUCUCGAAACAAGAAGAAAAAGAAGAAGAAAUCCAAGAUGGGAAAGCAAGAACCCAAGCCAGACUUACGGAAGCGUACCUGGGAUGUGGUCGAAGCCGGACUCGACUCCCUGGAUUACGAUUGA